AUGGACGAUGGAGAGGCUAUGCACAUCUUUGAUAUGGAAGGGAUUGUUGGUAAAGACUUAGUUAUUGAAGACCCAAUGACUUCUUCUAGCCAUGCCAAAAAGGAACCUAAAAAAAGAGGGAAAGAAAAGGAACAGAAAAGUUCUGAAGCUCACGAGGUGGAAUUAUUAAUAAGGCGAAAACGAGAAGAGGUGCUUUCCUCGCCAUCGGAUUACACCAUAUACCGAGUACCUAAGACAUUGUUCCAAGAAAAGUCAGAAGCCUACGUACCUCACAGGGUUUCCAUUGGCCCUAUCUACCAUGGUUGGCAACACUUACAACCCAUGGAAGCACAUAAGAUGCAGUACUUGGAAAAGUUUCUGAACCGCAAAUCUGGAGCAGCCACAAACUUGUGUGAUUACAUUAAAGCCGUGAGAGAAUUGGAAGGAAGAGCUUACCAAUGUUAUCCAGAUUUGAAAAUUGAUAGAAACAGCUUUGUCACGAUGAUGGUGGUGGAUGGUUGUUUCAUACUUGAGCUACUACUACAACAAAUGGAAGACCGCCAAACUCUAUCGGAGCAGAAGUGGAGUGUUGUAUUUUUACAGGACCUGAUUAUGCUUGAAAAUCAGCUUCCAAUCUUUGUUCUUGAGGCAUUAUAUAAGGUCUUCAUUAAUGGGGAUGAUGUUGAUGAUGAUAAUACAUGGACCCUCUAUGGUCUUAUGUGUAACUACUUUGUACCUGAACUUUUGAUCAUACUAGGCAAAGAAGACAAAAUCAAUUGCACCUCUCGUGACAUUCAAAAAUUAGAACCACCAGAAGCAGUAGCGGAAAAACCAAAGAAUUUGCUUGAUUUUGUACGACAAUUUCUCAUCCAACCACUUCCAAUCUUUUGUAUACAGCAGCCGCCGCCGCCGGCGGAUGAUCAGAAGUGUUUUUCAGAUUUGGUACCAGCUGCAUGCGCCCACGUCCGGUUGUGCGGGUUGUGCCUAGGGAGUCAGGAUCCUAUAGAUGAGGAAGAUUAUCCUUUACUGAUACCCGAUAAGAAGAUAGAACAUAUCCGGUGUGCGACGGAGCUGGAGAAGGCCGGUGUCAAUUUCGAGAAGACGAAGCUGAGAAGCUUGCGGGACAUAAAAUUCAAAAACGGAGUUUUGACAAUCCCAUGUAUAACAAUUCACUAUGGAACAGACGUUAUCCUCCGAAACCUUAUCGCCUACGAACAAUAUAUUGAAGAGUUUAGUUAUAUUACAGAGUAUGUAGCUUUCAUGGAUGGCCUUAUCGAUUCUCCUCAGGAUGUGGAAUUGCUGCAGAAGAAUGGAAUCAUUGUGACCUUGUUCGGUGACCCAAGUGAUGUGGCUCGACUAUUUAACAAUCUUCUCAAAGAUGUUACGGUACCUUUUUAUUUUACCGUUAAUGUCCGCCAUAAAGUGAAAGAGUAUUACAAUAUGAGAUGUCACAAAUGGAAGGCAAGCCUGAUGCGCAACUAUUUCAAUUCUCCAUGGUCCUUCAUAUCAGUUGUUGCUGCUAUUAUUCUCAUCGCCUUCACCAUUAUACAGACCAUUUAUGCUGUUUUAGCUUAUCAUCAUCAUUAG